AUGGAUUUGCCGCCAAUAGUGGAUAACAUCUUUAAAUGUGCACCUCAAGUAGCGGGUACAGUGUAUCAUUAUUCAGUGAAGUUUUGUUGGUCAAUUGCUUGCAAAAUCGCGGGUAACAUAUGGAGGAUAUUUGUUGAACCCCUAUCUAGGUUUAUUAAUGGUGUUUUCUUUGUUCCAGUACGAAUAAUACUGCGGAACUUAUUCGAAUUUGCACUAUUACCAGUGAAUAUGCCGCUCUAUAUUUUAUUUGGAACGAAUCUGUCAAAUCUUCUUCUGACAUUUGAUACAAAUGCGGGGCUCUUCGCUCUAGUGAUGUUCUCACAGUAUGUCAUUAGCACUUUUAUUUUUGGCGUGUCGUUAGGAGUAAUUUCAGGUGUACUGCUAUCAGCUUUCCAUAAAUCAAUGCCGAUCCCUAAUUAUUAUUAUGAGCCAUCGAUCAGGCGAUCAUUUGGGUACAUUAAGGAUGUGAUUUGGAAGGUAGUAUUCAAGCUCAUUGGAAUAGAACUCGAGUCGCCAGAGAUAUCUCCUGAACCCAACUCUUUCAAUGUACCGGUAUAUGAACAUCCAAUUGUACAAACUCAACAAAAAUUGACAGAUCCAGAACAAGUUGUGUCGGUAAAAGAAUCAUCCACAUUCAAAGAUGCGCAGGAAUAUCCAUAUACAGAAUCGAGCUCGAGCUCGAGCUCAAAUGCCAACUCGGAUUUAAAUAUACAUGCAACCUCAAUAUCGGAUCUGGGUGCAAGCUCACAAGGCAUAGACCUUGGAAAUAUGACUCCUAUGAGUAUGCCAGAUACUAAUGGCGAAGAAGAUUAUGACAUAGAUGAGACAUCUGAAAUAACAAGACUUUGGGACAGUGACAAUUCGUAUGCUGCAGAUACAGCACGCACUGAAGGUGUAGAUGACAUCAGCCAAUUGGUGUACAGGAACAGAAUUAAAAAGGCAAUUGAUAAUAUUGAUUUACGGAAUUUAUAG